AUGCAAGUCGUCCCGCUGGCUCCACAAGGACUGAACACCUCAUCCCAGUUCGAGUCGGGUACCGGGGUUAGAUGGCUCGGAAGCGGCGAAUUGAAAAUAGAGAUGGCUGGAGCGUGGGCAGGGACCGAGGGGAAGUGGAGAUUCAUAGCUAUCAAUCGCUGGUUGGAGUGGCUCGACGCUUCCUAUCUGGACACGUGGCCUUGGGGGUCCCCUCCUUUAGUACUGGACAUGGACCUCUCGAGGAACGAUCUCACGGAUGAGGAAUUUAAAUGGAUACUGCUACAUCUCGACAGGGGCCCCGCGAAUGUUCAACGACUGCGGGCUUCCUUCAAUCAACUCACGGAGAAAUGCGUCGAUGCUUUGGUGGGGAUGUUGGACAUUGGCAACGAGCAAAGAGUUGCUGAACUUCAUCUCAACGGUAACUCCCUCGGCAACAGAGGAGUCUCAGCUGUCCUCACGGCCGUUGCCACGAGCUCACGACACCAACACGGGUCGGCUGUUGCCCACGAGCUACCGCCACUGUGGCUGCGUGUUGAUGACAAUUCUACUGACUGUGAGGCCGAGCUCGUAUCGUCGAUAUUCCAACCUGGGGAGUACUGUAUGGCUACCCUUCCUGCAUCUUGCACUCCCGAUAUCUGUGGCAAUGGUGCACUCGUUCACCUCUUUAACUUUGGCAGACAGGAGUUGCCUACAGGCAGCUAA